CGCCCCCUCGCCGCCGGCGUCCGGCUUCCCGGCAUACCCCGCGGCCGCUGAAGGUGAAGUGGUAGUCAUGGCGCUCUCGGUGCCGGCUGCCUACCUGACCCACCAGCAGAAGGUGCUGCGGCUUUAUAAGCGGGCGCUGCGCCACCUGGAGUCGUGGUGCAUCCACAGGGACAAGUACCGGUACUUUGCUUGUUUGAUGAGAGCUCGGUUUGAUGAACAUAAGGAUGAAAAGGACAUGGUGAAGGCCACCCAGCUGCUGAGGGAGGCAGAGGAAGAGUUCUGGCACUGUCAGCAUCCUCAGCCAUACAUCUUCCCUGAGUCUCCUGGGGGUACCUCCUAUGAGAGGUACGAGUGUUACAAGGUUCCCGAGUGGUGCUUAGAUAACUGGCAUCCUUCCGAGAAGGCAAUGUAUCCUGAUUACUUUGCCAAGAGAGAGCAGUGGAAGAAACUGCGGAGAGAAAGCUGGGAGCGAGAGGUUAAGCAGCUGCAGGAGGAAACCCCGCUUGGUGGUCCCAGAACUGAAGCUUUGCCCCCAGCCCGAAAGGAAGGUGAUUUGCCCCCACUGUGGUGGCAUGUUGUGACCAGGCCCCGGGAGCAGCCCAUGUAGAGAAAGAGAGGAAGAUGCCUCACCAGUCACGCUCGCAAGUGAAAUAAGUUACAGGACAUACACUUGCCCUAAUAAAAUAACUCCAUAUGGUUA